AAGCUGAAAUAGGCUUUGGAAAAUUUUCAUAACAAUCGAUAAAUCGAAAGAAUAAUAGGAGUGAUCCAUUAUGAAAACAAUCCGCUUUUAUUUUGAAAGAUGUAACCGGAAGCCGCGUUCCGUCUAACUUGACACUGGUCCCUCCUCAGCAUCACCGCAUCAUCCGCUUCCCCCUCCCUCGACACGGGACCAGACAGCGACCCCAUCCACAACAAGAAACCCGGGACAAUGGACGACGUUCCCCCGAUCAUCAACAUCUCCAUCUCCCUGCGGAUCCAGCCCAACGACGGACCCGUGUUCUUCAAGGUGGACGGGAGCCGGUUCGGCCAGACCCGGACCAUCAAGCUGCUCACAGGCUCCAAAUACAAGAUCGAGGUGGUGGUGAAGCCUGGGACCGUCGAGGCCACCAACAUGAACAUCGGCGGCAUCAUCUUCCCUCUGGAGCAGCAGUCCAGAGACGGUGACUCGGUGGUUUAUCACGGCCAGUACGACACUGAGGGCGUCCCACACACCAAGAGCGGAGACCGGCAGCCUGUCCAAGUCAGUAUGGAGUUCAACAAGGCGGGGACGUUCGAGACGGUCUGGCAGGCGAAAUACUACAACUACUACAAGAGGGAGCACUGCCAGUUCGGCAACAAGUUCAGCAGCAUCGAGUACGAAUGCAAGCCCAACGAGACGCGGACCCUCAUGUGGAUCAACAAGGAGGCGUUCAACUGAGUCCGAUCAUCGCAGCACUGUCCACACACCCGACACCAAGCAGAGGACAUCCGUCGGACCAGGACUACCUUUGAACAUCAGCAUCACAACAGAAAGACAGCCUUUUCCUGAAGGCGUGCGUCGAGUCAGCGAGGGUCUGGUCUUUGUAUUGUUUUAUCAGAGAGGGAGAGAAAAUAGCUGUUUGCUCUGCUGGUCUUUAAAGGCUUUUUGCUUUAGAGCUGCGCUCGCCAACGUUGCUUUUCUGCAGCUUCACGUGAAGGGAACAGUUUGAAAUGCGAAGGUUAACCGCAGCACGUUUAUGUCUGGUACAAGAUGUUUAAAGAGACGUGCGGUUUUCUCCAGAGGGAGUUUUGCUUUCAUGUUUCAAUCUGUCACUUCCUACAUUGGUUGAACCUUCCAUGAUCAAACAUCUCGGGUUUAGUGAUAUUUUAUGAUUUGGCUGGUACGAGAGCAAAGAGAAGCUCCACAUGAAAAGUUGCGGAGCGUAGCUUUAAAGCAGGGGUGGACAGGGCUGAAGGAACCAUCAGACACUCGUUAGACAUCUUCCUUAAGACAUUCAUAUACAUUUAAAGUCCAUGCGUCCAGCGCAGAGACAGGUCGAGGAUGUGUUUAGCUUAGCUUAGCUCCAAGACUCGAAUCAGGGGGAAACGGCGAGCAACAAAGUGCAGGACACAUCAGCAAUCUAGGAAACUUAGAACUACGACGUAAUGAAAACCAUCAAAAACAGUUUCAGCAGAGCGAGUUACAAAACCCCAGAAACUCGGAUACACUGUUAAAAAUGACACAGGUGCAUUUGUGAUCUUGUUUGCUGCCUUUAUAAUAACUUUAUUUAUAUAUGGCCUAAAAACAGAGUUCACAUAGUGCUGAGAGAGGUAGAGUUACAGAGGGAGGAGAAAACAUAUGCUUCAGUAUAAAUAAGGACAAUUAGAGGGAGCAGCUGUCGUAUAGAAACACACACACACACACACACACACACACACACACACAUUACAAGCAAUGAAAGGGCGACAUGGAGACAAUAAGAAGACAACAUCACAACAUCAAAUAAAAACAAGUCUAUAAAAAUGAGUUGUAAGAAGUGAUUUAAAAGAAGUGACUGAUUCUGCCUCCUCUCGUCGGGCAGGUCGAUCAUACGUCGAGGGGCUCUGAUGGCGAAAGCACAGCCACCUACAGCAUAACCUAUGACCUUUAAUGGUGUAAUGUUUGUUGGGGGAGAAACCAAUGUUUAAAUCCAGUAUUUCCAGCACAGCAGACUUUACACACAUCCAAAGAAGAAAAGCAGAACAGCUUCAGCUUUCAGAGAACGUGACGUGACGAAUCACAGCGUUGAGGUUACAAACGGAGCUAAGGGAAGCGGUUAGCCUGGGCUAGCUUCAGAGCCGCCUCAUUUUGUUGCAUCUUGUUAGCGAACAAGCUCGUCAUAAAACCAUCCAAGAGUCCGCUGGGUUUAGCAGCAGCUCAAACCUGUCUCCCCACUGAGUUCAGACAUGGCGUCAACAGAUAGCUCCAACGCUAACUGCUGGUAAAACCACAGUGUCACCUUCUUAUUUCUAUUUCAGCUGCAGCGUGGAAAUCAGACAGAACUGAAGAUCUUUGGAAAGUGUAUUUGUUCAUUUUUGACAUAGCUAUGCUAACAGUUUCCCCCUGUUUCCAGUCUCUGUGCUAAUGCUAGGCUAACCACUGGACCUAUCUCGGUUCUUGACGCACAAAAUUGAAAUUCAUGCUAAUCUUUUAAAAUCACUCUGAUAAGAACAUGGAUUAGUGUUAUCCCUGAAAUCCAGAUCCAACGGUUCCUUUAGUGCAAAAGAAUUCUGAGCAAGUUCCUUCAAAUAUUAAAUUUAUUGCAGCACAAAGCGGGAGGGACUAAACGCAGCAGCUAGCAUGCUGCUAGCUGAAGACCAGGAUGGAAGACACCUGUGGAUGGAAGAAGGAUUUUACCUUAUUUAUUUACUGCGGUGAAGUGUGUGUGAGACAAAGAGAAGAUGUGUGAGUGUGAACAUCAGCGUGUUAGUUUGAACUUUUCCUCUUAUUGUUAGUUAAUGGAAAAAUCCACCUAAACCGUGAAGUUGUUCCUCAUUCAGUUGGUUGGUCCGUGUGUCUUGGAUCUCAGACGCUGUGACUUCAUGUUCAGAUGUUUCAGAAAAUAUAAGUAAAAUAUGUUGGGUUCAGUGAGCCCUUCACAAUAAAAGCACAUUCUUAAACUGACCCUCAACAACUGCAGAGGUAAAAAUCAGCGAUAAAGAGGAAAUACAGAAACAUAAAUGUAGGAAAUUAAGAAAAAACAGGUUUGAUAUAAAAGUAAAUUUCUUUAUGAACCAAACAUUAUGAGAUUAAACUGUGCCAGAGGAUGAUGGUGGAUUUUUCCUUUAAAUGAUAAACCUGCUGUUAUUCUAUAUUUUUCUUCUUGUCAAAAAACCAACAACCAUGUUUGAUCCAAACCAGCUGUGUGUUGGUCCGUCUCUCAGCUCCACUGGUUCCUACUGAAAUCUUUAAAAGCUCCUCACAAACAUAUCAUUUCAUUUUGAAAAAGGUUCAGUAAUUUACUGAAACAGCUGCUCACAGUAGUUUUUAAUCAAACAGGAGGAAGGGACUAUUUCCAGCAGCGGAUUAAUCCACAUUUGGUGCUGUCGUGAGUGUUUGUGGCAGGAGGCAGAUACAUCACAGUGUCGGUUUGAGUCUUUCAUGUGUUUUCCUGACAGGAAGUAGAAUAUAAAACAUGAUUUCAGACUCUGUUGGACUCAGACGCUGGAGGUGUGUUCGUGUUUUCUUUCAGUGCACGCUGGAUUCAUUUUGCCAAAUAUGAUUUGUUCUGUUAUCUCGUGCUUGGAACCUUGAUGUUCUGUUACGUGUUGAACUGAGGGAGUUUAAAGUGUCUGUGGAAUAAACCUGUACACAGAACCAACAAUUGCAGUUAUUAAAAACUUGAAUAUUUCAACUCUGCA